GCAUUCUUAUUAAUUCAGUCCUCUUCUUACUGCUGAUUAAGAUUCAUACAUGUGAAAAUCGGAGUGAUCAAACAAUUGGGAGGAAAUUAUCGAACCUUUAGUCUCUCUUUAGUCUUAGACUAUUUAUCGUCCAGGAUGUUGCAACGUAACAAUAUUCUUUCGUCGAAAUAAAGUAUGUUAGUCGCAAACGUCACCUAACCGUAUCGUAAAUGAAUGCAUAAAUCAAAUCAGGCCCACCCGGUUGAUUUGGUUGACUAAUUAAUCCGAAGCCAUGGCAUUAAAGAUUAGAACAAGGAAGAAGGCGGAAAAGAAUCUAUCGAUUCGAAAUCGACAAGGAAUCUAGAACUUACGAGCCUACGGCAAGUCGACUCAAUAUCAAACUAAACAGGUCAGGCAUGAGAUUGUGCAGGGAUCUUUCCACAUUCCACUGCACCAAAAAACAGGAACCAAGCGAAAGGUGGCGAUGAAAAAUGAAAAGGGAUGGAUCCUUCAGUGCGAGAUGACAAGUCAACCGACAUUUUGACUCACAAAUCUAAAGAAGACCUUUCUCGUGAACCUAAUGGAAAGUCUUCAACCGACAUCGGAAAAGCCGAGAGCGGCGAAGGAAAAGAACAACGUGAAACUUGGGGCCAUAAGGCAGAAUUUAUUCUAGCCACUGUUGGUUUAGCUGUUGGUUUGGGCAAUGUUUGGAGGUUCCCCUACCUUUGCCAAAAAAACGGAGGAGGUGCUUUUCUUAUCCCUUAUGCGAUCUUCAUGUUGAUCGAGGGAUUGCCACUCUUCUUCCUGGAAUUGAGUAUUGGUCAGAGAAUGAGAAAAAGUGCCAUACGUUGCUGGCAGGAUGUGCACCCAGCCCUGUUUGGUAUUGGUGUGUCAUGUCUUAUGGUCUCACUGAUGUUGUGCCUCUAUUAUGUGGUUGUCAUUGCUUGGUGUUGUUAUUACUUCUUCAUUUCAUUCACCAAAACGCUACCUUGGGAACAUGACAAGCUUUGCACUAACUAUAAUGAAUUUACAAACAUCAAAAAGACCCUUGAUAGCAUGUGCAGCACCAGUAACAAAACUUGCCAAAGCACCCCAGAGUACCAAAAAGUGAAUAAAAGCUAUCAUAAUUUCCCAGACUGUUGUGUGCGAGACCCACCACAAUACUACUUCUACCACCACGCAAUGCAAAUUUCAAAAGAUAUAGAAGACCUUGGAAGUUUUAAUGGAAAACUUGCAGGAUGUUUAGUGUUUGCAUGGGUCAUCACAUACCUUUGUGUGGUCAAAGGAAUUAAAUCAAGUGGAAAGGUUGUGUAUUUCACUGCAACAUUCCCCUAUGUCAUUCUCAUCAUCUUGUUCUUCCGAGGUGUUACAUUGGAGGGAGCAGGAAAUGGUGUCAAGGCAUUUUUCAAACCAGAUUGGAGUUUGCUGAAUAAUGCCAAUAUUUGGAAAGAUGCUGCCACCCAGAUGUUCUUCACCCUCAGCUUAGGAUUUGGUGCACUGAUAGCAUUUUCCAGUUAUAUGCCUGUUCACAACCAAGUGAUGCGUGAUGCCUACACAGUGGUGUUUAUCAACUGUGGCACAUCAGUGUUUGCUGGAAUUGUAGUGUUCUCCAUUUUAGGAUAUAGGGAACACAUCACAGGCAUCCCAGCUACUGAGGUUGGGUCUGGUCCAGGACUUGCCUUCAUGACAUUCUCUGAUGCCAUUCUUUUGAUGGAUGUUUCACCACUCUGGGCCAUCCUGUUCUUCUUCAUGCUGAUUCUUCUUGGUAUUGACAGCGAGUUUGGCACCCUGGAGGCAGCCAUUGGUCCCAUCAUGGAGCUGAAGAUUUUCCCCAACAUGAGAAAGGAACUUCUUACACUCCUAAUUGCAGUGAUCUUGUUCGUGAUUGGUUUGUGCAUGGUUUCUGGACCUGGUUUCUACAUUUUCCAAAUGUUUGACGAUUACUCUGUCACCAUCCCAUUACUAGUGAUUGCUUUGUUCCAGUGCAUUGGAGUAGCAUGGGUUUAUGGUAAUGACAGGUUUGCAGAUGACAUUGAAUUCAUGACGGGAAAGCGACCAUGGAUUGGCUGGAUGAUCUGUUGGAAGUACAUCUCCCCACUGGCUUUGUUUGUAGUCCUUGUUGCCCUCAUUGCUCAACAAAGCCAAAGUGCUCCAACAUACUCCAAAUUUGUUGGAUGUAAACAGGACCCUUAUAGUGGUGCAGGGUCAGACAAAUGGACAGUGAGGGAAGACUACCCUGACUGGGCAGUGUUUGUCCUUGUGAUGAUUGUGCUUGUCUCCACACUGCCAAUUCUAAUCUGGUUGAUAAAGGAUUGGCCAAAGAACUGGCGUCAAGGCUUCCACAAAAUGUUCUGUACUGGUGUCAACAAUUACCUGCCAGAUCCUAAGAAGGAGGAGAUCCCAGGAGGUGCAAAUAAGGGUUCCAGUAACUUUGGCAUGGAAGGGGGAAAACUGUGAUAUUUCAAAAGCAUUUGUGCAAGUUAGCAAGUUGCACACAAUUUCAGUGUGAAUAUGGGACUUGACACAAUCUAUUUGCUCACAUAUUUGUUAAAAGCUGGCAUAGCACAUUUUUCGUUCUCGCUAAACUUUACACCUGAAAUGCCUAACAGUUAAUAAUCAAGAGAUGUUAAGGUGCAAAAAGCUGCUAAUGGGGGUGGAAAAUUACAGGGUCUUGAAAUCAAUCACAAUUUUCAGCUGCAGGUCUUUUUAACUUAGUGGAAACUUUUUAGUAUAAAAACUAAUAUACUCUAAAUAUAACAUGUUGACAAUAAUUGUCCAAAUUACCUUAAUAGUAAUGUCUAGUCUAAUGUGCUGGAUCUUGAACUGGGUUCCAUUAGCUUUCAACUAGGUAACCCCAAUAUUGCAUAAUUUUUUGUUAACUUUGUUACUAAGAUGUUCUUGUAGAUGUAUGCAUAUCCUUUAGAUGUCCUAAAACAGUAUUAGAUUUGCAAAGUUUUUUCACUCAGAGAAAACAAGAUUUUAUUUUAGUGUCAACCCAAUUAAUUCAGAAACACCCAUAGAUUUCUGAAAGUAAAUUUAUCAAGACAUCCUGAAGAGUUCAAGCAAAAUCCUCUCCAGUUUUCUUCUUCUUUUUAAAAUCAGGGGUUUUAGAAAGUAGCAAUUUACAAAGACUUGUCUCAUAUCUGAAUGGUUCUCUGAAUAGUCAGUAAGAGACUACAGUAAGUAAAGGUUCAUUCUGCAUUAUUUUUACAAUGUUUUGUAAAUUGGAAAUUUCUACAGAUAAAGUCAUUGCUAGUUUGACUUAGGGGCUGUCAUGUUUUUUGGUUUAGUCACAAAUAUUAGUCAAGCAGAGAAGUGCUAGAUUAGUAACAUUACCCUCCAUCUCAUAGUAAGCUGAAUGUAAGAUCACAAGCAUGUAUUCCAGAUUUUGUAAUAAAAAAUACAACAGUUCAUGGUAGUUCCUCUUUAUUAGUAGAGAUUUUGAAAAUUCAGCCCUGCAGUUAGCAUUCAUCUGUAUUUGCAUUGCACCUUCAAUUGACAGAGUUACAACAGAAGGAAUAAAAUUUUGUGAG